AAUAGGGAUCAACAUGAAGUCUGGCUGCUAUAAGUGUGCUAAUUGGAAUGAAAAAAAGCUGAUUGCUGACAGUAAUCAAUAAAGUGGGAGAGGUACGCUUUAUAAACGCAUGGCUGUGGAUGGUGUGGGAAUACCCUGCGAAGUCUGUACUGCCUGUGAAUUUCAAUGUCCUUCUGAAGAGGAUUUCAGACAGGCUGCACGACUGCUUCUCAUCUGUGGAAUACAUUGAACCAGGGCUGCUGAGAUAGAAUUGAAAUCAGACUCUGCCUUUCAGAACAUGCAGCGACAUCAGCUCAUGACAUCUAACAUGAAGGAGCUAGCCUACCUAAAAGUUACUCCCAUUUUAUUGCUUUUCCCACACGCUGGUUAAAAUGUCGGGCUUUAAGCUGACCUCUCUUUGCUUUGUGGGCAGUGAAUUUGUAAGAAUGAAACUUGAAGAUAUACGUAAAUAACUGACAUUGCCGGUAAUGGAUCAAGUUUUCUACCGACUAGAACAAGGAUCCCAGUUCAAGUCAAAAUAUUUCCAUCAUGAAUUUGGUGAAGUGAUGAGGAGAAAAAAGGCUUUGUGGAAUUGUCUGUUUCCAUUUUCCUGGACAAUGGAUGGAGAGACUAUACCUUCUACAAUGUUACCCACACUUAAUGCAUCUUACGGCUUAUCAAUGACAAUGGAGCAGAAGACAACAUUUGCCUUUGUGAUUUUAUUGUUCAUUAUUCUGGGUGUUCUUAUUGUUAGAUGUUUCAGGAUUCUCCUUGACCCUUAUCGGAGUAUGCCGACCUCCACCUGGGCAGAUGGAGUUGAUGGACUUGAAAAAGGGCAGUUUGACUAUGCUCUGGCAUAAUGACCAAACCAACCACUGCUUUUCUAGACCUGGUAAAUAAUCCUAAAAGAGCGAUUAACUGGAAUAAUAGAGUAUAGGGCUAUAAUCCAAAUGAUUUAGACAAGAGCAAUUUUUGUUCUAGUGGAAAUACAAACCCACACUGUUGCAGGGAUUUACUGUUUUAGCAGUUAUUAGACCACUGGUGAGAAUACACAAACACUAAUAUAAAUAAAGUUUACUGUAGCUUAAAGCAUACUUUAAUAGUCCCUUCAGCUAUUUCCCAAUGGCCAUGUGUUUACGAAUUUAUAAGCUAUGUGUGAUUUAAAAUGAGCCUAUAGACACAUAUACAAAAAAAAAAAAAAAAAAAGAUUUUUGUAAUGAGCUUUCUUUGUUUUUAAUCUAAGGUCUGUGUGUUAAGGUGGGUACACACUAGGCGACAUGCUCUAUGGGUGACGUUGCCUAGUGUCUCCCCUCCCGGGCCGGGGUGGUCGGCGGCCGGGCAUACACACUGAGCGAUAUGUCUUUCAUAUCGCUCAGUGACGUCACGCAGCGGCCAGGCCGUGCAGGCAGCUCUUAGACGAUAGUCCAAAUUGAGCUGCCUGUACGGUUGACAGCGAAGUUCGUUAACCACCCGCAGGGCCGUACAUCGCUGGUCGGUGGCGGCAUACAUACUUCCCGAGAAAGUGAGCGACGUCGCUCAGGAAGUGUGAAAAUUAGCAAUGUUGCUCAUUUUCUCGGCAAGUGUGUAUUGUGUGUAUGCACCUUUACUGUUAUAAAUUAUAUAAUUUGCAAACUAGAGUCACUUGCAUUAUGCUAUAGGGAAGAAGGAAAAGAGAAAACAGAUUGACACAACUAAGACACACAGAGCUUUUUGAUUUAUGCUAAACAAGUCAGUGACCAAUUAUUAAUGCAGAUACUCAGAUGGCCAAAUACACAAAACAUCACCAUUUCUAGGCAAAUGAGAAGAGGGAUAAGAAUAUUUAGAUAACCCUUGUGUUUUAGUGAAAUCAUGACUUUAUAUGUAGGAAUAACAAUAUACUGGCAAUUACUAGGCAAUGCACGUAUACAAGGCAUAGGGAGGAAUUCAAUUAGCAGCAGUAAUAUACCAAGGCUGAUUGAUCCCUGGGGACUAUCCAAUUAGCCCUGAUGCAAGCACAUAUUUGGCAUUUUUUUCCGUGACCCGCUGAGAUCCCAAAACAAAAUCCCCUAUAAGUGCCAUUUUUUGUGGCCGCGAAUGCGAAAUCAUACAGGUCGGGAACUUAUCCCGCAUCCUAUGUGUUUUGCCCACAAAUUGGAUUUUAUCUUGAAAAAUAAAACCCAGCUUUAAUUGAAUUGUCCAAAAAAAAUUAAUCAUUUGGCAAAAGAAUUGCGGUAAAGCCCUUUUUUGGUGAAAACAUUUUUCGGGCACAAUUGAAUUCUCAGACUAUGAUUUAUUUUUUUAUUUUUUUGAGAGUAUCUUAAUUUAUAGUAUCGCUAAUAUUCACCUUAGGUUUCAAUAGGAGUGCUGACCAGAGAACAGGACAUCUGGGUGAUCUUUACAGAUGCCCCCGUAUGUCUCAUAUCUUUACUAGAAGAUUGAAAAGUGUAAAAAUGACUCCAGAUUCAAGUGAGACUUUUUUUACUUUUUUUUACUUUUUAAUAAAAUGGAGUUUGAUAUCAACAUGCAUUAUGGUGAAGGUUGCUGGCUAAUAAAUAAAUGUACAUAAAAAACAAUGGGUGAGAUGUUUCAAGCAAUGUAAGGAGUGGAAAAGUGAACCAUGAAGAAGUUGCUAAUGUUAACCAAUCAGCUUCUACUUGUCAUUUUAUAGAAUCUAGCUGACAAAUGUCACCUUGCAGUUGGUUGCUAUAGGUCACUUAUCCACUUGUCCACUGCUCCACUAUUUUCACUGCUUCAUGCAAA